UUCCUUCAAGUAUCCGCCUGCGAGAUUGCAUCGCAUUACACCCCCAUCUCAACGGCGGAUAGCAUAUAUAUACCGCGCCCGUGAUCCUUAAUCCAGGUGUUAGAGAGGGCUGCGUUUGCAUUGAGACGGCUGUUUUUCUUCAGGCUUCAUUCUACAGUCUUAACGACGAACUUAUCCAGGCAGUAGGCGUUUGGUAGAGCCAUCUAACAAUUGUCUCCGGCCAGCCCAUAUUCAUUACUCAAUAUCAAUACCCAAUCUGCACGGACCUUCACGCAUGUCGUUCGACUCGGUUUCUUCGUCCUCUGGCUCGUCGGCAUCCCGCCCGCUCACAGUCGACAUACCGGCACAAUACCCCCCCGAAAGCAACUCCUCCUCCGUUAAUUCUUCACUCAACUCUUCUCCCACCGCCACGGAGGGAAUGACCAUACCGAGUCCCUCCCCCAAAGGAAUCCUUGAUAUACGAAAUCGGAUAGCGUCUCCGCCCUCCUCUACGACUUCAUUACCAACCUCGACAAUGAAUGUAAAAUUUGCCCCUCUGCCCGAAUUGGCUCCCCGUCGAAGGAGUUCCACAACACCUCUAGGUGUGGCCGCGCGCAGUCAGCUCAUGCGCCGGCGUCGAGGCAUGCAUGGAGACGAGCUGCCGUCCGUUCCGUCGGGGAACGGGAUGUGGACGGAGGCUGAGCUCGAAGAGCACGCACGGCGGAUUGCCAGCGAGGCGCACGUCCGUCACGAACACAGUACUAGGGACCAAGAGGAUAUCGAGGAUCCUUUCCUCGCCCUGGGCAAAAUGAUGAAGGGAGCGUGGAAGAAGAUGUCGAAUAGCCGUGGAAGCACACGGGCGAAGACCAGCAGGGUAGUGUCGGGCGUGACGGAUUCGAUGCCGCAGCAGGAACCGCGGACAAGUAGUAACCUCAAUGUUCGUGAAGACUCUGAAGCGGAACGGGGGGGCGUCUGGGAGGAAGAGAUAGGCCAUGCUAUAGCGAGGAAUAUCGGUCAGACCGAAACGAUAUGUGAGGUCGAGCGCCAAAAAAAGGAUUCCCCAUCAUCAUCAUCAUAAUUUUAUAUCCUCUAUGCUAUCAUACAAUCAUUUACAGUACUCUGUUUAGUUUUUCAUAACUGGAUGUACAUAUUUCGCCGGAAGCGUAUACAUAUUGGGUUUAAAUGUUU